UCGGCCCGUGCGUUCUACACACAGGAAGUGAGUUUUUUCAGGUCCGAUAGGCCACGUGGUUCUAACAUCUACCCGGCCAGUCUCCGUCAAGAUCAGGGGGAACAGCUGACUGAUAUGAAAAUAAAUUAUAUAGACAGAGAAGAAGAAAUGUAUGUGACUGAUAAGAAGCCAGAAGAUAUAGAGGGAGAAGAAGAGACGUAUGUGACUGAUAUGAAGGCAGAAGAUACAGAGGGAGAAGAAGAGACGUAUGUGACUGAUAUGAAGGCAGAAGGUAUAGAGGGAGAAGCAGAGACGUAUGUGACUGAUACGAAGGCAGAAGGUAUAGAGGGAGAAGAAGAGACGUAUGUGACUGAUAUGAAGGCAGAAGAUAUAGAGGGAGAAGAAGAGACGUAUGUGACUGAUAUGAAGGCAGAAGAUACAGAGGGAGAAGAAGAGACGUAUGUGACUGAUAUGAAGGCAGAAGGUAUAGAGGGAGAAGCAGAGACGUAUGUGACUGAUACGAAGGCAGAAGGUAUAGAGGGAGAAGAAGAGACGUAUGUGACUGAUAUGAAGGCAGAAGAUAUAGAGGGAGAAGAAGAGACGUAUGUGACUGAUAUGAAGGCAGAAGAUACAGAGGGAGAAGAAGAGACGUAUGUGAGGGGUGAUCAGCAGUGUAAGGAGGAGGAAAUCCCUACAGAUAUCAGCACAGUAGAUGGAGGCACAAGCCGGAAUGCCUUGGAGGGAGAUCUCAUCUUGUCUGCAGAUACUAAAACAGAAGAUAACAUCACACCAGAUUCUCCAGGAGACAGCGCUGUUAUGCUAAAUAUACAUCCAGUACCUCACAGCGCAGAUAUAUCAUCCAAUCCCUCUAAUCACGAGGACUAUUCUCCUGAUACCUCAGCUUUUGUAACACAUAGUGCAGCUCAUACACCUGAUAAUAUAUUCCCCUGUUCCGAGUGUGGGAAAUGUUUUACACUUAAAUCACAUCUUGUUACACAUCAGAGAAGUCACACAGGUGAGAAGCCAUUUCCAUGCUCUGAGUGUGGGAAAUGUUUUACACUUAAAUCAUAUCUUGUUAGCCAUCAGAGAAUUCACACAGAUGAGAAGCCAUUUCCAUGCUCUGACUGUGGGAAAUGUUUUACACUUAAAUCAUAUCUUGUUACACAUCAGAGAAGUCACACAGGUGAGAAGCCAUUUCCAUGCUCUGAGUGUGGGAAAUGUUUUACACUUAAAUCAUAUCUUGUUACACAUCAGAGAAGUCACACAGGUGAGAAGCCAUUUCCAUGCUCUGAGUGUGGGAAAUGUUUUACACAGAAAUCAAAUCUUGUUACACAUCAGAGAAGUCACACAGGUGAAAAGCCAUUUACAUGCUCUGAGUGUGGGAAAUGUUUUACACAGAAAUUAAAGCUGGUUAGCCAUCAGAGCAGUCACACAGGUGAGAAGCCAUUUCCAUGCUCUGAGUGUGGGAAAUGUUUUACACUUAAAUCAAAUCUUGUUAACCAUCAGAGAAGUCACACAGGUGAGAAGCCAUUUCCAUGCUCUGACUGUGGGAAAUGUUUUAGAUGGAAAUCACAGAUUGUUACACAUCAGAGAAGUCACACAGGUGAGAAGCCAUUUCCAUGCUCUGAGUGUGGGAAAUGUUUUACACUUAAAUCAUAUCUUGUUAAACAUCAGAGAAGUCACACAGGUGAGAAGCCAUUUCCAUGCUCUGACUGUGGGAAAUGUUUUACACAGAAAUCACAUCUUGUUACACAUCAGAGAAGUCACACAGGUGAAAAGCCAUUUCCAUGCUCUGAGUGUGGAAAAUGUUUUACACGUAAAUCACGUCUUGUUACGCAUCAGAUUUCACACAGGAGAAGCAUUACUAUGAGUUGAUACAAAACAGGGUUGAAGCAACACUCCUGUCACACACUAUUUUAACACGUUAUGUUAUCCUUCCACAGAUAAUUGGAAUGUGUGUCAUUAAUAUAAGAUGACUAGAUCACUCCAGCAAAACUUUUAGUAAUUUCUCCUAUAGAUUUUUCUGUAUAAUAUUUCCUAUAUAUGUAAUUUAGUCUAGAUGUUGCCAGCACUCUCCACAGUAAUACCAGACCACAUAACUGUUAUGUAUGGGUUACAUUGUAUGGAUUUCAGUCACAGAUAAACGAUAAAACACA